GCAAAGAAAUGUAAGCCUCAAAAAAAAACCCUCUGAUAAUUGUAUUCAUCAAAUGAAGAAGAAAGCCUAGCAAUACUGGAGAAACCAAAACCCUAGAAACAUUUUGGGGGAUUUUCAGAAGAAUUAGGGUUUUUUGGGGGUCCCUUUUUGGUGUAUAGGAUGGUUGGGGCGCUACCAAUUCUGGGUUCUACAGCUUUGGAUUCGCAUAUUUGCCCAUGUGUUAGUGGAGGCUAUAGUAGGGGUUCUUUGGAAUUAGGGAUUAAUGGGGUGAAUUUGUUGGGGAAGAAGCUUAACAAGAGGCAAGGAUUGGAACUUAGCAGCUCUUUUACUGAUGCAUGGCAAGAGUGGCGUCUUAAUGCCAAGUUCCUUUCAGGGCUAGUUCGGGGCCAUUCUCGAAAGCAGAGAAGAACCCAGUUCCCGUUGAUUGUUGAUGAGUUAGGAGGCCAGUAUGAAGACAAUUUCGACGAUGUGAAGAAGCAAAUACUCAACUAUUUUACAUACAAGGCAGUGAGGACUGUGCUCAAUCAACUUUACGAGAUGAAUCCCACACAGUACAAGUGGUUCUACAAUUUUGUUGCAACAAACAAGCCUGGUGAUGGAAAGCGUUUCAUCCGUUCCCUUGGAAAGGAGCAACAAGAGCUGGCAGAAAGAGUGAUGGUUACACGUCUUCACCUUUAUGGUAAAUGGGUCAAGAAGUACAACCAUGCUGAAACGUAUCAAGCAAUCUCUGAUCAGAACUUAGAAUUGAUGAGGGAACGGCUCAUAGAAACAGUGAAAUGGCCCUCCGAUGAUAGCAACACUGAGAAGAUUGGUUAAUGGGGUGAAAAUUGGUUUGAUAUUGGUUUCUUAGGUAGAGUUUAUGGGGCAUUUAUAAUGAGGUGCUGGAGCACAAUUUAUGCCUUCUUCCUCAAUGGUUUAUAUUAUGCAAAUUGUCCUUUCUAUAUAUUUUUUUUCCAGAGCUAAUAAUGGGUUAUAUAUGUUUCGUGUCUCACACUGCUUAUGAUAUCCCUCUCCAUGUAAACAUCCAAACCAAUUGUGGUCACUUGGAAAGUUCGUAAAGUGUUGUAAAUCAUAUGCUCUUCGGUUGUUUUCCAUGU